CGAACCAAAACAAACGUUUCACCGUGCUGCUCGUGUAGACCCGUCUGUGCGGCCACAAAGUCCCGGAUGCGGCCACUUUCGGCAGGAUGCGCAAAACGUGGGUUAAGCGCGACAACAUAUACUAUAAACCGUUCUACAAGCAGAAGCUCAAGCUCACGCUGAUCGGUGUGCUCGGACUGGGUAUCCUGUUCUUCGUCUACCAGCUGGUCUACAUCAGUCAGUUUCUGCUAUCGUCGUCGUCGUUGUCGUUGUCGUCGUAGGGGUCAUCGGGGUCGGCCUUGCUGGCCGCCCAGAUGCGGCCCCCGCUCCACGCAAAUAGUAAUAAUCCCGUUGCUUCGGCAGAACUGGGAGCGGACGGCGGCAGCCCACCAUCAGCAACACCGUUGGCGGCGAACGGGGGGCUACACGGCAGUAGUAAUUCGGACACCGGGCAGCACCAGUACGCCUACGUCGAACGGAUCGGGAACCACGAGCGUAUGAUCCUGCGGUAAGUGACAUCGCACCCCUCCCUUGCGCGCCGACCACCAUACAUCGAGAACACAUUUCCUUCCGUUCUUACAGUGGCAUCCGGCUGCGAGAUCUGGAUCACUACACGGAGCCUGCGUCCGUGUCCCGAGCUUCAUUCCGGUGUUUGCAGACCGGCCGUGAGCUGAGCUGGGACCGAGUGAACGACGAUU